CACAUGUCAUUGCUUGUGUACUCUAGACUGUAAAUAUAACCAAAAUAAAAUUUAUUUUUCUUUCAAUCACCUCAAUCGUAAUUUUUAAAUUUAUUUGAAUAUUCUUACUUUAAUUUUAAAUAUCAGUAAAUGGAUAUCAAAAGUCAUUUGAAAGAAGCUAGAGAAGCAAUAAAAAACAGGGAUUUCAGGAAAUCAAUUAAACUAUGUAGAGACGUUCUGGAUGAAGACAAAGACAAUUAUAUAGCUCUUGUUUUUUUGGGGCUUUCAAUACAAGAGACCGAUCCUUCAGAAGAAAGUGAAAAAGCAUUUAGAAGAGCAAUUGAAAUUAAUCCCGAAAAUCUAUUAGCUUGGAAUGGAUUAGCUAACUACUUUGAGAAAAUAGAUACUACAGAAGCCAGAUUAGAGCUCAUUAAAAUUUAUACCUUUUUAAUAGGGAAAGAAACUACUGAAAAGAAACUGAUAGAUUAUUGCGAGAAACUAUGUAGCCUUUAUAAAUAUACCAAUGUUGAAGAAAUAUGUAAAGUUAUUUAUAAAAAAGUUGAGAAUGGAAAUUAUUCAGAAUCAGCUUUGACAAACAGCAGAUCAUCCCUUGCAACUAUUUUAAAACAGAGUAAUGAACUCUCUGAUGAUAUUCUCGAAGUGUAUGAGGAUAUAUUGAGUAGCUUGGUGAGCAGCAAUGAAACUGCAACAGUAGAUUAUUAUUCUCAAUACUUGACUGUUUUAUACAAACAGAAAAAAUAUGAGAAGCUACUUACACAUGUCAUAAAAAUGUAUAAAAUGUUUCCUGAAGAUGUAAUAACAAUGAAAUGGAUUUGUCAACUUUAUAAUGAGCUCUAUGUGGAAAACAAGCCAUGUGUUAUUUCAGAAUAUGUGAACAUUGAUAAGGUUCAUAAAAAACUGUCUGCUCUAGAGCCUGAAAGUGUUAUGGGAAUUUUUACAAAGGCUAUAUGUGAUGUAAAUGCAGAAGAACAUAGUGGGGCUAAGGAUAAACUGCUGAAAGUUGUUUCCAGGAAAGCAGAUCUGUUGCAUGCUUGGAUUCUUCUGACAAGAGUGAAUAUAAUGCUCCAUUCUUACAAUGAUGCUGCGGAAUCAGCAAAAGUUUCCAAAAAACUCAUGCAAUCUCCCAAGUAUUCUUGUGAGCAGAAUACAAGAAGAGAAGUUGAAAUUAUGCACUUGGAGGCCUUAUCUAGAUCAUCUGAAAGUUCCCAUUGGGAAAAAGCUGUAGAAUUAUAUGAAAAGCUAGAUGAAAAAUCCAAGGACUUAUGCCUUCCUCACUAUACUAGAGCAAAUAUUAAGUUGGGUAAUAUGGUUGAAGCUAAGCGCUCCAUAACCAAGUUGGAACAGACAAAGCCAAGUGAAAGUGCGCAUUCUGGAAUACUUUUAGCUCAACUGAUGAGGAAAGAAAACCACCACAAUUAUGCCCUGGAAGUUCUAGAAAAGAAACCCAUUCAGACUUCUGAGUAUUUUUUGGAACUAGGAGUUACUUAUUUUGAGAUUGAAAAAUUUGAUGAAUGUUUGCUGGCUUUCUUGAAAGCUGCAAAAAGUGAUGCAAACAAUUAUUAUUGUUUCUAUUAUCUGGGUAGAUGUUAUUGUGAAAUGAAACAAUAUGAUAAGGCAAGGAGAUGCUAUGAAAGAUCCUACAAGUUAUGCCCUUCAUUUAGUAAUGCAGCAAUAGAACUGAGUAAAAUUUAUAGGUUACUCAAAAACUGGGAUUCCAACGCUGCCUUAUUGAAAACCAUCACAAAAGAUGUGAUAAAUAAAGGGAAUACAUGGGCUUGGUUGCAGAUGGGUUUGAAUUCAAUGGAACAAGGGGAUUAUGAUAGAGCUAUUCAGUAUCUGAGACUGGUGUCAAGGGUGGAUGAAGAUAAUGGGCACUGUUGGGAAGCCUUGGCAGACGCUUAUUUAUAUAAAGGAGCAUAUACAUCUGCAUUGAAAGCUUAUGAAAGAGUUCUUGAAAUUUCUGUUGAUGCUCUUUAUCCUGCUCUACAAAUUGCACUGAUCAAAAAGGACUUGGGUCAUUUCCACGAAGCGAUGCUAGACUUUGAAGCUCUUCUUUGUAAGAAUAGAAAAUGCAUUUUGACCUUAACUGGUUUGGCAGAGACUUGUUUGAAAAAAGCUGCGGAAUGUAUUCAGGAACAGAGAUUGGGAACAGCUCGAGAUUGUGCUCAAUAUGGAGUCGAAGCUGUUUCUAGAGCUAUCAAACAAGGCAGCGAAAUAUCUGCUCUCUGGAAGAUACUUGGAGACUGUUGUAUACUUGUUGCAAAACUACCAGAAAAAUACUGCUGCUUGAUGAUCAUGCGAGCAAUAGACGAGCCCAAUCAUUAUGAUGGUGAUAAAAUACUGGAGAAGGAAGAUUUACUGCAACUUGCAGUAAGGUGUUAUAGUAAAGCAAUCGUUUUGACUAAAAGCAAUGAUCUCCUAUGGCAUGAUCUGGCGGUAGCUUACUUUCUACAAGCUAAACAUUCGGAAGAUAAGGAAUUGGCUAAUGAAAUUUCAACAAAAGCACAGGCUAUUUUACAGCAAUGUUCUUCUAAAAAUCCAACAUAUUGGCAACAUUGGAAUUUGCUGGGUAUAAUUCUAAUGACUAAAGAUCAUCCAAACUACGCUUUUGCCCAACAUUGUUUUAUAAAAGCUGUUACAGUAAAUCGUAACUGUGCUGUUGCCUGGACAAAUUUGGGAGUUCUCUAUUUGAAACUAGAAAAUAUCUUGCUAGCCAAUCAAGCUUUUGGACAAGCUCAAAGAUCAGAUCCUAAUUAUAUUCAGAGUUGGAUUGGACAAGGUAUUUUGGCUGAAGUGCUAGAUCAAGGAGAUGAGGCUAUGGAUCUCUUCAGACAUAGCACAGAUUUAGGUUUCCACCCACAAGGUGCUCUGGGCUAUGGGCAUUGGGUCUGUAGGAAGUUGAUGCAAUCACCUAUGGCGUCAUCCUUUGAUGCCAUAGAUAAGUUACAUGCAGUACCAGUAGCUUGCGAUGCUCUGACUUGGUAUACUCAAUUGAACCCUUACGAAUGCUGCUCCUGGAAUAUGCUGGGGAUUUUAAAGGAGAGAAUGGGACUAUUGGCUGGUGCAGCAGAAGCCUUUAGGAAAGCCUUAAACAUGUCAUCUGAAAGGUAUAGCGACUUUGCAAGAAUUAACUUCGGGAGAGUUUUGAAUAGGCUGGGACAUUACAAGGAGGCAAUUAAGAUAUGUAGUGACGUCCAGGAAAGUUCCUUCAACAGUGGUAUAUGGUAUGCCUUGGCUCUCUACAAAGAUAACCAGUUCCAAGAAGCUUCGAGUAUAUAUUUGGCGAUUGUCCAGUAUUUGGCGAAAGAAUUAACAAUUGGUGAUGUGGUUGCUUGUAUGGCCAUCAUUACCUAUGGAUUGGGAGAACCAGAUCUUGCUAGGAAAGCUAUAGUUGAAAGCUUCAAUAAGAGGUUACCUACCGCUCGAGUGAUGUAUGCCCUUAUAGCUUUGGGUGUUCUACAGAAAGACUCCCCACUAAUCCCGUUGACUCUAAAGCAAGUCGAAGUCUUGGAAGAUGUCCCCAAAAGUAUAGAGAAUUUUAUUUCCUUGCUGUCGUACAUCCACAUUUUCCAGGGGAACCAUGCGAAAGCCGUGAGAAAAACGAGCGAAUUAGUUCAUUUGCUACCAGGAAACUCGGAUCUGUGGUUGACUUUAUCAAUAACAAUAUUGUAUUCAAUAAAACAAAUGAAAUCUCCUCCUUCCCAUAAGGAAGCUGCUAAAAAUGCAGCCAAUGUUGCACUGAAAUUGAGAGAUUUGAAAACUACACACAAAACCGUUUCCAAGAUUCUCUGUACAAUAUCGGCCUCAUCAUUGUUGAUAUCAGACUACAAAUCGUCUCUCAUCUCAGCCCAGAAAGCAAUCUUCUGCACACCAAACGCUAAGGAGAGUUGGGUUGUAUUCAACGAUUCGUUAGGGUAUUUCACUGAUAAACAAAAAUACUUUGAGAUGUCUAAUCAAGUGCUUCAUUCUUCAUGUGAUGAUUUCAAUCACAUACGGGUCAACACAAUAUUUUAAACUUUCAUUUGAUUUUAAAUUGAAUUGUAAUUAAUAUUUUAUCUCAUGAAAAUUCAAAGUGAUAUUUUGAAAA